GCGCAUGAUCUUCCCCAAAUUGGGAUGGAGGGGGAGAUAGAUUGUUGUGGGUCCAGCCCAUUUUUGUUUGGGUUCCAUUUUUCUUUGUGGGGCUCCAAUAAGAGGAAAGUUUUUUUCUUUACUUUGUUGACUAAUAAAAAGGAGAAAAAAGGGCUGGGCAGUGGUGGACUUACGGACAGAGCAGAAAGAAAAAUAAAAACAGUAUAGAGAGAGGGAGAAGGGCUGGUGCAGAAUUUUCAGACCAGCGGCACAAAUCCAAUCAUCGCCGAGAUCCAACCGUUGGAUUGAGCUGAAAUUUUCAGAGAUAGUUCCCAACACUUAGGGCUUCAAUCUGUUCAAUUUUCACAUCAAUCGGAGCUACGGAUCUUCUGUAAUCACAGCUGGUGCAUCGCUGCGUUUUUGGAGCAGAUGCCAAGGAAAAGAGGUAGACCAAAGGUUAAUGCUGCUCUUCAAUCCAAACAGGAGGAGCCCCGAGAUGUAAAUCAGGAGGAGGAUGGAUCAUCAGAGCUAAUUGAUCUUGCUGAACGUCAAGGUGAGGCAAUUAGGGCUUUUCAGGCAGUACAAAUUGAACAACUACGCACUAUGUUACGGUUGUUACGCUCUAGCUUCAGCAAGGAAGAGCCCUCAGUUCCAGUUUUGCAUUUUUUCAGCAAAAACCUCCCAAACCUGGUCCUUGUGAGAAAUAAGAAUGAUAAUGCCUGUGAAGUGCAAUGGAAAAAAGAUGACGGUAGCUCUACAAUGGAACAACUAGAUCAAAUGCAUGUACCCACUUCUCUUCUACAGCGAUUAUCCCGGAUGUAUUCCCACCGUUCUUCUGUGAUUCCACCUUUUGACAGAUUUGGAUUUUCAAAUAAUUCUGUGAAAACAUGCGUCUUUGGUGCUGAAAAUCUCCAAAUCAAGGGUUUGGUUUUAGAAGAACCAUCUGAAAAUCAACUGGUUGAUCAGCAGGAUCCUUUCCAAACUCCUGCCUUUCAGGAAAAUGGCAACCGUUUAUCAGUUGGGGUGACACCAAAAACAUUAAGGUUUCCCAAACACGGGGAGAUGCUUCUGUCAGUACAUGGCUCACCCCUUGGGGUAUACAAGGAAGACAUGGAAUCAAUACACGAAUCACAAGAGCACUGAGCAAGCAGAGAGAUUUUGGAUCCGCUUUCUUGCAUUAGUUGAAGAGGAAUUGCUAUUCUGUGUAUGUACCUGACAAAUCAGUGGAAUUGUUCACUUUUUUUUAACUUUUGUUCGUUAGUCACAUCUUGUUUCGUAGAACUUUUGUUGCAGUUUUUAAAUAUGUAAUUUUUAUUUUUUUUUGUUCCACCCCAAUUAUCAAAUGAAUUAAAACUAACAUU